AUGCUAGCAAGUCCGAACACGCCAUCCAGUGACGAGAGCAUCUCUGUAGAUGAGUAUUUGGAGAGGAUACACUUGCGUUUCGCUUUGAUCGAGUCAGAUGACCAGCUGCAACGAUUUACCGACGGCUACUUGAUUCGACUCAUAGGAAUUGCUGGCGCUUCACCGAGGACUAUAGAGAAGGUUCGCGAAAUUUUGAGUCAGUAUAAUCGUCGCGUAAGAUCCAAUGCUGCUAUAUCUUAUCCCAUCAAGGAUCUUCUAACCUUUAUCAAACAGGAAGGAGCUGUGGCUUCCAAUUUAUCGCUGGUCUAUUUACGAUUCGCCAGUGCUAAUCUCAGUGAAGAGCAGCAGGUCGAAUACCUACCUCUGAUUAUUGAAGCAUUGACUUCUAGGAUCAGCGAUCCUGUUCAAAGCGUUGAGCUACUCUCCCUUUGUGUUCCCGGCUUCAUGGUUUUAUCCCAGAAAGAAAAAUCAUCAUGGCCUAUUUUAUCAUUACCUUCUGACUUGAAAACCCUACUUUUGAGGUUAUUCUAUUGCAUCAUAGCCUUUGAUGUGAAUUCCCCAGAAGAUGUGAAACAAACCUGUGCGUACAUAAAGAGCUCCAAGAAAGUGUUUACUUAUGGAAUGAGUCCGGACGAGUUUCUGUUCGUUGCUGAAAAGGUCGUCGAUAAAAAUACUAGCUUUGUACAGGUCAAGUUGGCCGUAAUAAAACUGCUCAUCUCGGGGCUUUUUGAAGACCAAGCCAUUUUCCCCAUUCUGGUAUUGGGUACUGCACAGAGUAUUGAAACAGUAAGCGAUGCAGCUGAAACCGCAAUGAAGAAAAUGGACAUUCAAACCUCUGUUGACAACCGUGUUAUUGUCGAUGAACUCAUGUCAUACUAUCUUGGUCUAGCUAUACCAACAAAGCCGGCUAUCGGAAAAGUUACAACUGUUUCCCCUGUCUGCAUGUUGAUGAAACAAAGAAUUCUACACUAUCUUACUCGGUCUGCUGUGGCACCCGUGGCAUAUAUGAACAACAUGAAGAUUUGUCUGGAAGGUUUGGCACACGUCUCAAGAACAGAGUCAAAAUUGCUUAUAGCUGCGCUUAACUUUCUUGUGAAGGUGAUAGAAAAGAUGCCUGCAGCAGCGCAGAAAAAUUUCGGACCUCUCUUAUUCGACAGAGUACAAAAGAUCCAAGAGAGUGAGGCGAAGAACGGAGUCAUUUUAUCUCUUAUGUAUCGUUGUCUCGGUUUACUUGGAAAACGAGAUUCGUCUAUCUUAACAGCUCAAGCUGAUACAAUAGAACGUACAUUUAAAAGUAUUGUUGAGGCUCCAGAUGAUGUGGCAUAUGCAGUUGUUGAUUGUUUAACUCAAUGGUUGGACGGAUUCCGUAAGCUGAAAGAUGUCGCCUUGCAAGAGAAGCUAAAAACGCUCAUCCAGGAGUUCAUCAUACAUGAAAACUCCAAAUGUCGAUUAAUUGCUCUAAAAUAUAUGGAGGGAUUCCUAACAUCCGACGAAGUCGAAUUGAGGUGGAUGCUGCUGCAAGCUUGUGGGGAUAGUCGGGACGAAAUUAAGGGAGAAGCAACUAGACUUCUGGAUGUCUCUCUUCAAGUUGAAGUCCCUGUAAAACUGGUUGUUUUCUAUUUAUGGGACCAUUUGAAAACAGAUAUCAUUGAUCUAGAGACCGGGAAGGAGAAGUCACCAUCUUCCCAGACAAUUCUACCUGCUGUACAUCAGAUGUGUUCACGCUAUUUAUGGGCUAUACUGGGGCGCUCCGCCGGCGUCGCUUUGGAUCUUAAAACAACGGAAUACGGCUAUGAAUGGAUAGAAUUAUCUCCAAAAAUUGCCAGACAGAUGCGAGAGGAGGAUAACGUUUGUCAACAGAAGCUGACAACAAUUGCCUUGAAAGCUCUCAAAGAUGCUCACGAUGUCCACCUAUUCCACAUUGCCGCCUGUUUUUUCAACGUUUGUCCUGCAAGCUUUUCUUCACCCUCCACUGUAGCAGCAUGUCUGCAGCGUGCUCGUGGAACCACCCGCUCCGAAAUGGCUAAUGUUGCGGCUCAUUUGGCAGCCUCUUUUCUGGGUGAAAAGGAGAGGGAACACUUGGUUCCGUCGGUGUUUGCAGCUUUGGAUAAGCCGAAUAUCACUGCCGGUGACUGCUGGCUGGCGAGUGCAUUUGUCGCUUCCUUUCCGUUGCCUAGCUCCACUGUUUUGUCAACGAUCGAGAAAUUGUUAAACACAGCCGAGCAAGGAUAUGACAAACCUAACAACGUGCUAGAAUCGGCUUUAGGCGCUCUCUCCAAUAUACUGCGUAGGAUUCUAUCUCAAGACAAGGCGUUCAAACUCCCUACUGAAAUUCUCGAGCGUCUCCUCUCUAUCUGUGAAAAGAUAGCCGUUUCGCGUAAGGAUGCCGUUUCUACAAAGGCUCACGAAGAAGCCACUCUCGUUAUUGGAUUUUGUGCGACGUCGCUAGACGACACCCUCUAUCAAAAGUUGACGUCAACGUUGUAUUCCAUCGGCGGCGGUCCUCCACAACCGGAAGUACAAUUGAUAGUCGGGUCAUCUCUUUACGACGUAGCACUAGGGCAGUAUUCGUCUUCACGAAGAAUUUUGUACGUAGAAGCAGAAGAAGACUUCCAGCUCGCCUCUCUUCCCACUGAAGUUCAGAAGAAAUGCGAAGAUCGUCUAUCGCAAAUACUUACGAAGAUUUUUGAGAAACUCUCAUCUUCGAACCAUCACGAACGACGGUCCGCCCUGAUUUGGUUGUUUGUUACUGUACGCAAGAGUUUCAAAACACGAGCCAACGUUCUGCAUGAAAUGCUGGAGAAGAUUCAGUCGGCGUUUAGCAUGGGACUAGCGGAGAAUGACGAUUUCACUCAAGAUAUAUCUUCGAACGGAAUAGGCUUGGUGUAUGAAGUAGCUUCGAUUGAUCAACGGAAAGCCCUUGUAAACGACCUAAUCUCCAAUAUCUCCGAGGGCAAGCCGUUCACAGCGGCUAAACUUGACUCGAACGCUGUGAUCUUUGGCAAAGAACAGAAGAUUACUGGGCCAGAUGGGCAGCAUUUAAGCACAUAUAAGGAGCUCUGUUCACUAGCUACAGAUCUCAAUCAACCUGACCUUGUCUACAAGUUUAUGAGCCUUGCGAGGCAUAAUUCGGUGUGGAAUACGAAAAAGGGUGCCGCGCUUGGAUUUGCCACGGUACUGGAAGAGGCACGAAGCGAGCUUGACCCAUACAUUAAUCAGCUGGUGCCAAAACUUUUCAGGUAUCGGUACGACCCAGAUUUGAGAGUGAGACAGUCGAUGCGCUCAAUUUGGUCGGUGCUGACAGCAUCCCGACGUGGAAUCGUUGAUGAGUUCGCGGAUGACAUAGCUAAGGAACUGCAGCAACAGCUUACAAGUCCGGAAUGGCGAGUUAGGGAAUCAACCUGCCUUGCGCUGUCUGAUCUAGUUCAAACCAGUAAUUCUGCUUAUAUUCGCUCCAUUGUUGCUGAUCUGGUGCUCACGGUCUUCCGCCUUCGUGACGACAUAAAGGAAUCCGUUCGUUUGGCUGCUAAUCGUGCUGUUGCAAGCCUAGGAAAACUGGUAGUGCGUUUGUCUUCGGAGUCUUCUAAAGGCACCGAUCCACGCAUUUUCUUGGAGUCAUUCCUCCCCAUUCUCAUCAAAAAUGGCAUCCAUUCAGAUACCAAGGUCAACAAACAGUUCAGUAUUUCACUGCUUCUGGAGUUAGCGAAGACAGCUGGAACACAGCUGCGUCCAUUCCUUGCUGACCUGAUUCCUUCGCUCAUCGAUGCGAUAAGUGAUAGUGAACCGGCAAUUCUUAACUAUGUAGCUGCUCGUUCCAGUCUUGCAGAACUAGAAAUGUUGGACGACGCACGAGCACAAAUUGCGCGAACGUCCCCCAUUAUGACGGCUAUCCAUGACCUCAUUCCUCAGAUAGAUAGCUCAGUGCUGAUUGGCAUACAACCCCGUUUGUGUGAGCAGCUUCGGUCUGGUGUGGGUGCUAGUACUAGAACAGCAUGUGCUCAGUUGCUCACAGUUCUUGCACUACGAGCACCGCAGCUGCUUGUCGAUCAUUCGGCUCAGUGUGACAAGUUUUUCAAUGCGCUGAUUACUGGAACAAGGGACAGAAAUCCAUCAGUGAGGAAGCACUUUGCUAGUGCCGUAUCAUAUCUAGCGAAAUAUGCUUCUCCGGCGUGCUUUGAAACAUUGAUGAAAGUUAUUUCGAAGGACUUAUUAGGAGAGGAUGAGACUAUGAAACAGUCCGCCAAGCACGUAUUGAAGAGCUUAUCUGCAAAUUGUCCGGAACUACUCCAGGGAUAUUCAAAACUUAUUGUACCGUGCGUAUUCUUGGAAAAAUGUCAACCUGUGAUUCGUGGAGAUGAAACUUCGAAAAAACGUAACGAAGAAUGGUGUGAGCUGUGGAAUGAGAUAGUCCCCAGUACUGAGGCAGCUGCCCGUCUUUACCGUCAAGAAAUAUUUGCUUUUGUUUUGGACAUUUUACAAAAUAAUGAUGUGUGGUCGAUCCGAGCACAGGCAGCGAGAAUGCUCACUGAAACAAUGGGAUGUCUCCAAGAUAAGAUUGACGGCAAAGAUGCCGCGGUGUUGCUCACGUCUCUGAUACCACUACUUUCCGGACGUAUUUGGCCAGGUAAAGAGUGUCUCGUCAAUGCUGUUGCAGCUGUAUUUGCAUGUGCAGGAACGUCAUUGCGUCAGUACUGGAGUGCUAAGGAGCAGGAAGAGGUGCUUUCAUCCUUGACCAGUCAAGCUUCUAAAAAGAAGAAAGACUACGCAGCUGCUGGUCUUCUAGCGUGCGGAACCUUCGCUCGUAGCUUGUCGUACGCAAAGGCCGCUGACUGGUUGUUUAACAGAGUUGAUGAGAACAUGAAGAAGGCGCUGGAUCCAAGUGAUGACGACGAUGAUCUUUCGGAAGAUGAUGAGGGCACCUCAACCACAAAAGAAGCCAAGUUAGCUGAGUUUGUUAGCCACAAUAUGACGGCUUUAACAAAAGCCGCUGGUGCAUACUCUCACGUGAGUGAGGUUUCUGAAGCUUUGAAUCGUUUUUGCACCUAUCUUACAUCCCAGGCGUUGUUCUGGAAAGCAAAAAGCGCUUUGGCAGCAGGACUCUUAGAACUUGUAGGGAGCUGGAAGUUGCACGAGAGUACUGAUAGCACGAAACUGGUCGAAGCUCUGUUGACCAUGGCUAACGAUAUGCUCGAACAACAGAGGAAAUCCAUUGCGAUUCAAAGCCUUUCGGUAGUUUCGAAAAUUGCUCAAUGCGGUGAUACCUUCUCAGUGCAAUGGAGAGAAAUUAGGGAAAGAUGGGAAAGUAGUCGAGUGGCGCGGGAGACCGGAUUUUUUGAUGAUCUUGCAAAUAUAAAUUUGAACUUAUUUAUUGAAGAAUAG